CACGACGUAAAUAGUGUUAUCUACGACUUGGGUUUCAGACCGUGAUUUACGACUGAUAUCUGAUAUCCGAUGCCACUUGAAAACUUACGGUUUUUGGUUUUAACACAAUAUUCUGACAAUGUCGUUAUAUCGACAUAUUAAUGAAAUACCAUGUUAUUAUGACACAAUAGCAAUGUUAAAAUAAUACGGAUAUAAGCAACACACAAUAAUUGUGAAUGGGCACAAACACACACAGUAUACGAUACGAAUGGUUUUCUAAGGGACACCGACCACGAUGAACGAUCACACGUUUUUGUUUUAUCUCUCUAGUCAUCUUUCGGUAUUAUAAUAAUAACAGUUGUAUGUAACAAUUAGAUUAGUCGGUUAAACCGUUGUUAUUCGAGGACGUAUUUUUGGUGGUAGCAGACUUCUAAAGCAUAGUAUUCAUUGACGUUUCCCCGUCACGGUCACACUAGUCCGUCGUUACGAAUCGGCGGUAAUGUAAGACGAGCUGUAUGCAAUGUCGCCAUUCGUCGUUGUUACGUCAAGACCGUAACUGUAAAUAUUACGGACACAAUAAUAUAGUGUAGCUGUUGCAUUCAAAACGCUACCAUGAGUUCCCUAUACUCGACACCUAUCGGUUUGAUCUUUGUUUUUAACCUGAUUAUUGGGCCGGGUUCACUAACGUUGCCAGCUGUUGUUCAAGAAACUGGAUGGCUUUUGAGUGGUAUAUUUAUUGCCACUAUGGCGUUUUUAAGUUACAUCACGUUCACAUUUGUUAUAGAAGCAAUAACAAUUACAAAUUCUAUAACACAACUUCGUAAAUUGCAAAUGAUGAAAAGUGUUACCAGGGUAUUGAAAUCGUGUAAGGACAUGAUGCCACAAGUUUCAUCAGUUAACUAUGACAGAAUUUCAAAUGCUAGUACGGAUAGUUAUAACAGUGACAAUGAAGCACCUAUUUUUGACAAUCCAGUUUUACCUACAACUAGUUCUUUAAUGGAUUUCCCACCCGAAUCUGUUGAAUUACUUUCACUUGAUAAUAGGAUAGAAAUGGGUGAAAUGGUAGCAGUACUUCUGCCUCCAUUUGCUAAAGUGAUGUUUUUUUUUUCCAUCAGUGGCUAUUUAUUUGGUGAUUUAUCUAUUUACUAUAAAGCAAUUGGACAAUCACUUGUAGACUUUACCUGUGAUCACAAAUCAAAUAAUAAUUCUGCUAAUAAGUCAGAUUUGUGUUGGGAAAAUUCUUCUUACACUAAACAUGAGAUUUAUUUAAGCUAUUUGAUGCUGUAUAUCUUAAUAAUUGGACCGUUCACAUUUUUUAAUGUCCAAAAGACUAAAUACUUACAAGUUGUGGGUUUUUUCAUGCGCAUCAUAGCUAUUAUUGCAAUGGUUGUUCUAGCAACAAUACGACUGAUUUCCCCAACCCAAAAACAUGGAUAUACACCAGCAGCAAACUUUAUUGCUAUGCCACAAUUAAUAGGCGCUUCGAUUUAUGCGUUUAUGUGUCAUCAUUCUAUCCCGUCUGUGAUUUCACCAAUCAAAAACAAAAACAAAAUACUAUUAAAAGUGGCAGCUAACUUCUUGUUAGUAUACUCAUUGUACAUGUGCUUGUGUAUGACAGGUGUUUUUGCAUUCCCAAAAGUUAAUGAAUUGUAUACCAUUAAUUUCACACCAUCACAAGAUACUGGACUAUUUUAUAAACUGAUUGAUUCAAUAUUGGUUCUUUUUCCUGUACUUACAAUCAGUAUUAGUUUUCCAGUUAUUACAAUUACAUUAAGAAAUAAUAUUCAAGUGAUGUUUCUUCCAAGCGAUGCUCAUUGGAUCUGGAAGCGAAUAGUUAUACCACUAUUCUCUUUAGUAACACCUGUGCUACUAGCGGCUUUUGUGACACGUCUUGAAAUUUUAGUUUCGAUUGUUGCUGUGUAUGCUGGUACCGGUAUUCAAUAUGCAACCCCUGCAUUAUUGGUCAUGGCUGCGCGUGCUGAAAUUCCACAACAAGUGGCUGCAAUUAAAAAUGAUUAUUGCUCACCAUUCAAGUCUAAAUAUUGGCCACUGUGCAUUCUGAUUUGGACGGUGAUAUGUGUGACAGUCUUAACCAUUUCCUUGAUAAGUAAAGAAUUCCAAUGAAAGGUGGACUCACACUUAUUUUAACUUGUCACUCUAUAUUUUGUUUGUCUAUCAAUCUAACUUUUAUCAAAUAUGUGCUAUGUGCAUACCUUUUACUAAAAAGUUUUAUUUAAGAGAUAUUAAGACUAUGAUUAUUUACGUUACGUGAAGUGUACACAUAAUAUUUAACAUAGUAUAGGUGUUGUUAUUACAAAUAUAUAUUUUUUCUCAAUUACAUUUUAUAUAAAAAAAAAACAUAAUUAAGUGAAAAAAAAAACAAUUGUUUUAAUAUAACUCAUAAUUGAUGUAUACUAUGAUAUGUUUUUAUUAUUUAACUCAAAACUUUACAACUUAUGAGUUAUGGUAUUGCAAGGUUUUUAAUAUUUAUUAAAUAAAUUCUUGUAAUUUUUUAUUCAUAACGGUUGCAUUUUGUUUUGUCUCCAAGAAUACUAUUGUGAUGAUUUCAUCAAACCUAAUGUAUAUUAUACAUACAACUAUUGUACAAGCAAAAUACAUUUUGUGGAUUUUAA